AUGAACGCGAUGGACAGAAAGGACAAGGAAGAUGGCGCUCCCGUGCCGACUGAUGAGGUUGAGGAGGUUCUCAAAACUGCGCCUCAAGCUCGUGAUUAUUCGGGUGCGCACGAAAAGACAGAUCCUCGAGAGAUUGCUCUUGUCAAGAAGCUGGACUGGUGGAUUAUGCCGAUCCUAUGGUUAAUGUACUGGCUAAACUACCUGGACCGUAAUGCCAUUGCUCUAGCCCGCCUCAACACCAUCGAAAAAGACCUCAAACUCACAGGCACACAAUACCAAACAUGCGUCUCCAUUCUCUUCGCAGGCUAUGUUAUCGUCGGUAUCCCAGCUAACAUGGUCGUUACCCGCGUGAGACCCAGUAUCUGGAUGGCAUCUUGUAUGACUGUCUGGGCUGUUAUCAGUGGCCUUACAGCACUCAGCCGAAACUACACAGGAUUAUUGCUUACGCGAUUCUUCCUUGGUAUCUCUGAGGCGCCGUAUUAUCCAGGUGCAUUGUAUAUCCUGGCUAGGUUCUAUACGCGAAAGGAACUUGCUACGCGUAUCUCGAUUCUUUACACUGGAAAUAUCCUAGCUACUGCGUUUGCUGGACUAAUUGCUUUGGGCAUUUUUGAGAUGGACGGAAUGGCCAAUCUCGCUGGCUGGCAAUGGCUUUUCAUAAUCCAAGGCGCAGUAACCCUCCUCGUUGCCCUAGCAGGCUUCUUCAUCCUCCCCGACGAGCCCCUCACAACACGCUGGCUCACACCCCAAGAACAAAUCCUCGCCAACGAGCGCACUCAACGAGACACGGUCGGAAACUCAGGCGAAUCUACCAGCUGGACAGGUAUACUCUCUGCUGCCAAGGACCCCAAGGUGUGGCUGUUUGUGGUGAUGCAGCACUGCCAUCUUGGAGCCAAUGGAUUCAAGAACUUCUUUCCUACAGCUGUUAAGACGUUGGGUUUUAAUCAGACUAUUACGCUUGUUUUGACGUGUCCGCCUUAUUUAAUUGCGGGUGCGAUUUCGAUUGCUUGGUCUUGGUCUUCGGGACGAUUCAAUGAGAGAACUUGGCACAUUACUAUUGCAAAAGCUGUUGCUGUAUUUGGCUUCAUUCUUGGAUGCGCUACCCUCAACACAGGCGCUCGAUAUUUCGCCAUGUGUGUCUUCUCGAUCGGCACCUACGCCGUCAAUAGCAUCAUCCUCGGCUGGGUAUCAGCGACUUGCUCUCAGACCAAAGAGAAGAAAGCAUGUUCGCUCGCCAUCGUCAACUGUAUCGCUGUAGCAUCUUUUAUCUGGACGCCGUACAUGUGGCCUUCCUCUGACGAGCCUCGGUACACCAUGGCUAUGUCCUCAAGUGCUGCGCUGAGUGUGGCGACUGCCAUUGGAGCUUGGGGUAUGAGAUUCUGGUUGAUGCAGGAGAACAAGAAGAUCCGGCAAUCUGAGGACGAGGGUACUUUGUACUACGCUUAUUAA